AUGUCCGAGAAGGCACCUAUUGUUCCAAACAAGAGAUUGCAGCAGACCCAGGCUCAAGUAAAUGAAGUUGUGGACAUCAUGCGUGUGAAUGUGGAUAAAGUACUCGAGCGUGAUAAGAAUUUAUCCGAGCUAGACGGAAGAGCUGGUGAGUGCGAAUUUAAAGAAAAUGUUUUGUAUCAUAUUAUUGUAUUUAUGAGUGAUUUAGUUCAAGGCAUCGCCCCUUUGGAUUCCCCAGUUUACUUGUAUGAAGUUGGCACUCCUGCAGCGAAAUCGUUGGAACCAAUGAAGGGUGACUAA